CAGGUGCCAAACCGAAACUGCCCGCAUGUAAAUUUCAUAUUCAGUUUUCAAGGCAAUGCUUACACAACGCAUAACAAGCUAAGAGUUUCGGUGAGCUCUUCCUGUUAUCAAGUUAAAAAUAGUAUCCUAUCUCUGACAAUAGUGAACUCAGUGCUUAUUCACUGAAGUUCAUGCACAAGGCAGCGAUGCCUCAAAUCACGUCAGGUGUGAUCAUGCAGCUGACUCUGCUGCUGUCCGCUUUACCUGCGCAGUAUCUCAUCUCCAGAUGGACAAGCGGCACCGCAGCACAACGACACAUCGCCACUCAGAGUAUCCUUGACAUGUGGGACUCCAUGAGAAAAUCCUACUUGAGCACGACUGCUUGGGUCGACUGGCUAAAUACCUGGAUUCCCAAACUACCGUCCUUCGGAGAGGAAGAGGAACACUACACUCUGGAAGAAGCGCUCGCAAUCGAGAUGUUGAUGCAUGAAAAUGAGAACGGGUACUUUGGAGUCUCAAAGGAGGUGCGAAGCCCCAGGCCAGCAUACGUGCUGCACCGUGUAGGACAAGUUAUCAUGGAGACACAGAAUAAAAUGAUUGGUGUGAUAGUGGGCUGGGAUGCAGGACUCCAAGCCCCCCCAGAGUGGACCAAGAGAAAGAAAUAUUCGGAUUCAGAGCUGGAGAAAGCCAAGGACACUCCUCAUUACAGAAUUCUGUUCAUGGGGCCUGAUUCCUCAUCAAUACUGAUCGGAUACAUUCCCCAGUCUAACUUGAAACUCUUUCAAGGCUUUGAGCCGGACAUUCCUGUUCUAGACCGCUAUUUUUCACACUUCGAUGGGGAAAAGUUUGUUAUGCAGGAAUGGUUGCAAGAAAUCUACCCUCACGACUGAAGGAGUAAAAAAACGAGAGGUUUUAAAAACACCUGGAAUCACAGACAUGAUGCCUGCUAUUCUUCAUUGACAGUAUUGAUGCUUUUAAAGCGAUGAAAAAAAAGGAGGCAAGUAAAUUUGAGAGAUGUAUCUUGUUUACAUACUCCAUAUGCAUAGCAAUUUCAGUUAUUAAACCAAAGAACUAAAAAACCCACAUCACAUUUAUAUUUUUUUUUAAAAUGAUACAUGUCUUAAAGAUUUUGCAAGGGAUAUGUAAAAUUAUGAACAUAACUAUUUGUGAUGUCAAAGCAAAAUUAUAGACUAUUAAUUGGUUUUAUAAUAUGCCAUUGGAUCAAAAUGCAUGUUGAUCUGACUCAAAUGUGUUCCAGGAUGAAUGAAUUUACAAGUCUAUAUGAUAUAGCCUAUUUAUUUAGAACAAAACAGAAGGAUUUGUUGUGUAAAACAGUAUUGAGAAUGUGAUAAACAGUGUUCAAAGUAAAGCCAUAAAUGCAAACAUUAUUUCUUAAUAAAGUUUAAUUUAUUUAAAAUAUA